AUCCCUGACUAGACUUUUUUUCAGUUCAAGUUCGAGAUUUCAUCAUCCCGGCCGAAGCCGAAGUUCGCGGCGCUCCAAUUUGUUUCUCCAUAACAUAGGUCACAGUACGCACAAUCAUUCUCCAUAGUGUCUGCCUGUUGUGCAGAUGGUCUGCAUAAUUAGCCUCGUACCUGGUUCAUUCAUACUUCCACAGCACUUCCUUUUGGCUUCGUAUAAUGCACACACGUGUGUUUUCUUGUUAAUUGGCUCCGGAACAAAUACGGGAUGAUUAUAUCCUCAUUUUCAGUCCAAAGAAUUGUGAUCUUUUCCAAGUGUCUACAAUAUUCACGUCUUAAUCUGCGAUAUUUUUUUCACAGUCGUCCAUUUAGUGAUCGUUGACUAAAACGUGGUAUCUAGGCCUACACUUCACACGUGGACUGCGGCGUUUUGAAAAACUUGGUACCAAUGAAACUACUUCCCGUACUCGCCAUCCUCCUGAUUUCCUGCGAUGUGCUGAGCGUCCAGGCUGGGAGCGAAAAACCGGCAAUUUUCAAGAAAUGGUCCGCUUGCAAGAAAUACACCGAGUACGUCAUGGUUGUGAAGGACUCCGAUCGCAGUCCUGGCGAGAAAUACUACGAACGGGAGAUGAAAAAAGGAAAAACGAUUCAGUACUACGUCUGCCUGCCUUGCACGCAGUGCGCAUCAGGCGUUCGUCAGCUCCAACCGUGCAUGAAGUACCACGACACCAACUGUUCGGCCACUGAGUGUGCCGUAGCUGGAUGCGUUCUAGACGAGAUGUUGCACGACUGUAGACUGCCAGGCGACCCUGAUGAGUUCCCCAGUAUCUCCGCCAUGAUGGACCCGUGUGAUCCCACCAAAGCCCCGGUCAACCCGACUCCAAUCCCGCCAGAAAAUCCCUCGAUCGGAUCGCCUCAGCUCACAAAAUGGAAGAAAUCUAGCACUCCUCUGCCCGAAGAAGGAACGAACGGGGCGGCAGGUGGCAGUCAAAAAGUUCCCAACGAGCCGAAGUUGGUCGAGUCGUCAGGGGGCAAGCAUGGUGGCGGAUGGGGAACACUGGAGACAGUAGUCAGUGUUAUCGUGGUCGCGUUGACCGUGAACGUCACGGUCGUGGGGAUGUUCGUCUACUACCGCAGAUCCAAGAACGUGAGGCUUCAGAGUGGGCGGGGACGUGGCACUGGUAGCUCGAGUGGGGGGAUACUGGAGACGACUGUCUAGAGUCUAUAGCUUCAGGCUAUUGUCUUUCCGUAUUGAAGUUAAGAGAGACGAGGUAUGAUGACGUCACUGUUUUUUUUUAACUUGUUCACUUCCCUUUGGAAGCUUGGUGGUUUUGGCUCCCAUCAGGAAGCGCACAUGUAAACAAAGCAUGACGUCAUUAUUAGGCCCAGCAUCCUUGAGAUGAUGGAGGACGCAAUAGGAAGGCGUUUUAAUUUUUAAUUUGAGUAAAUGCCAAACGUGUUUAUCAACUAUAGCGCCCUCCUAUUUCGACCAGCAUAUACUGACUAUUAUGUCUGAGGAUUUUGCAAAUAGUCAGGAGAGUAUGGUCUGGACGACAGACAAACUCUUUACUAUGCAACAAAAACAAAUGCCAAACAAUGCAAACGAGUGUACAUAAUUACUUUUGUAAAUAUGAGGCAUGUGGAAUGUAUUUAUUUACAACAGUGAAUAUUUCGUAUUUUAAUCAAAUUUGUUACACGAAGAGGAAUAUUUUCUUAAACCACCAAAUGAAAUUGUGUGUGAAAUUGCAGAAAUUCCUUGUUUACACUCUAAAAACUGUGUUUAGCAAUUAAACACAAUCUUGCUAUCACUUUGUAAACAUGUUUAGAAGCUAAACAUUAUGUGUCCAAUUCCUAAACAUCAAUGUUAAAUUACUUAACACUUUCCAUCCUUAAUACUCUAACAUGCCUAUCAAAAAUGUUAACAAACUGAUAGCAAGAAAGUGUUUAAUUACUUAUUAAUAACACAAUUUUUGCAGUGUACGGCUUCGGCGUUUUCUGCCAAGCUCAGCUCGGUGCGACGGACGUUUUCUCGGAAAUAUUCGGCGCACAUGUACAGUUAAAAUGAUUUGAACGCAGCAUUGUUAUGCCCGACUAACGUUGUUUCAAGAGAGUGUUGGAUUAGGUGUAAUACAUGCAUGUAACGAUUGUAUUGUAUGCUAUACAAACCAUGUAUGACGAUUGUACACAUAUUUGUUUUCAGCAUAUUUUUUACGUAACCAAAGAAUGUGCAACAGGACAAUCGUUGUAUUUGCGAUGUUUUCAACUCAGCAAAAGUAUUCUGUUGCAAUUGUAUAAUGCUUUAUGAGGUAACGAUCACGUCACACCCUCUUCACCGCGUUUGAGCUAAAGAUUCAACUUUGAACCGUGAUUCCCCCCAAGCUCAUGAUUUAAUUCUUCUGUUAACAAAAGCAAGAUAUUUUCCAUUUUGUAUUCAAGAAAAUUAGACCCUUUAACCGGCCUUAAUCUUGUGAAUCAAACAUCUUCAAACUUCGACCCUUUUACGGAUAGAUAGAAAGAACUGUGAAAAUGGACCGAUCCAGUAAGCACCGCCCCAUGGUGUUCUGACCAAUCACA